AGAAGCUAGGAAGAUGCCACGAUUUAGUGCGUUGGGCGCGCAGCUCCUGCUCCGGAGAAGCAACAAAGUGUCGACCUCCCAGAGAGGUUUUGCCGCCUCUGCCCCAGCACAGGCCUACGAUGUGCGAAGAGUGGAAAUCACCCCGCUGGAGCAAAGGAAACUCACUUUCGACACCCACAGUCUAGUGCGAGAUCUAGAGGCGCAUGGCUUUGUGAAAGAACAGGCCGAAACCAUCGUGUCAGCAUUGACAACUUUGUCAACUGUCAGCCUGGAUACCAUCUAUAAAGACAUGGUAACGCAAGCUCAGCAGGAAAUAACUUUGCAACAGAUAAUGGCUCACCUGGACUCCAUUCGGAAAGACAUGGUCAUCCUCGAGAAAAGUGAAUUUGCCAACCUGAGAGCGGAGAAUGAGAAAAUGAAAAUCGAAUUGGAUCAAGUCAAACAGCAGCUACUGAAUGAAACCAGUCAGAUCCGAGCUGAAAACAAGCUGGACAUAAACUUGGAGAGAAGCCGGGUGACAGAUAUGUUCACAGAUCAGGAUAAAAAACUCAUGGAAGCCACAACAGAAUUUCAUCAAAAAGACUCGGGCACCAACAGCAACGUAACCGAAGUCAGCAAUAAAAUCGAUGCCGAAAUUGCUGCCUUGAAAACACUCAUGGAAUCGAAUAAGCUGGGGACCAUCCGUUAUUUAGCAGCCUCGGUUUUCACUUGCCUUGCAAUCGCCCUGGGAUUUUAUCGAUUCUGGAAAUAAAGAGCCAGCCUGUGGGAAUGACGGGAACAUGACGAGGCCUUUUAGAGUUGACCUAUACCGUGUCUUGGAGAACGCCCUCCGGCAGACACCUUUGGACUCUUCGUGUUGGUAUUGAUCUUGAACAUGUAAUUGCCAGUGGAUAUUGUGUGCAGGCACAAUAAGAGACUGAGCGGCAUGUGCUCAGCUCAUGUCGUUUGCGCGGAGUUCCCACGUGCCGGAGGCUGAAAGCUUCAGGGAUCAUUUAAAAGAAAAGGCGGAACGUUCUUUGACGGGUAGAAUGUUCUUGCAUUGUUCAAGCCCUGCUGGUUUUAUCUGGUUCUUUCUCUUCUACCCCUACCUGGUUUCAGUGCCCCCAACCCCAUCCUCAGCUCCUCUGCCUACCCCAGUGACUUCUGAUUCAGUGGCGCCAACUGCUGGUGGAGAAACAACCCUUAUAACAGAGAGAUGGGGCAACCCAGUUGCCUCCAGAUGUGGCUGGACUCCCAAGUCCUAUCAGCCCCAGCCAGCAGGGCCAGUGGACAAAGAUUGAUGGGGGCUGUAGUCCUGCCACAUCUGACAGGCGGCGGAUUCUCCACCCUUGCUAAAAAAAAAAAUUAAAUUAAAAAAUUCCAAUUUGCGUGCAUAGUAAUUUGCGCAAGCAGGCAACGCCGUAAGGGAUUGCACCACUCCCACUGUGGUGCCCUCCAGAUGUGCUGACUGGGGCGGGCAAGAUUUGCAGGUCAACACAUCUGGAGGGCUCCAGGUUGGGGAACUUGGAUUAUGCUCUGAAUGGGAUGAGAAAGGAUAUAUGCCCUUCUCCAAGUGCUAAAGGAAUGUAAUGCAAGCGCUUCUGCACAGCAGAAUGUCUCAAGUUGCCUUAUUGCACGGUGGGCCCUUUAGCCUGGGUUUGCUUACUCUGCCCUAAAGCAGUUCUUCAGGGACUCAGGCCACAGUCUCCCCCCCCCCCCCAGCCAUCAUGUACUGCAAAGCAUAUUGCUCAGCCCCCGAACAACACUCCCCCUUUUCUUUUAAAGUAAAAAACAUGCCUUAUGUUUAUGUGUCUUCGCUUCAGAGGCUAGCGCAGCUAAGGAGUUCUGUUAUUGUUAUUACUUAAACCAUUUAUGUGCCGUUCUUCAUUUAACAAAUCACGAGGCCAUGUACAAAAUGCACUAAAGCAACCGUUAACAUGAAGCACCAAGAUUAAAAACAGCAACAAAGCCAAUCUAUCAAGCUAGGUAUUAGAGGCUGUGAUCAGAAGACACCUUAAACCAUGGCUUUAACCACGGUGGUUAAGCCAGAAAGCCAGGCCGUGUUCAGAAGACACCUUAAACCACGGCUUUAACCACGGUGGUUAAGCCAGAA